AUGGCUCUGUCUACAAGAACUUUUUCAGCCUAUCCGGUCGACAAUUAUGACGCUUCUGGAUCUUCGUCUCGAGCUUCUAGACGUAUUCUUAUAAAUCCUGAUAUUCUGAAAAGCGCGAAAGUUUUCGCUGGUGACGUUGUUGCUAUUUCGGCUGUUCAGCAUGACAAUUCAACGCCGCUGGCUUUUGCAGUUGGCAUAGUCUGGCCAUCGCAGGACGUCCCACCAGAUGUAAUUUAUGUUCGUUCGUCAGUUGCGUGUAUCUCACACUCUCAUAUGCUAUCUGCGAGCCUGGAAGAGAAAACCAAAAUCAGAGUUGUUUCUUUGACCGAUAAACGGUCAUCGGCUGGCCUUCCUUCAUUGAAAGGAAUGCGAGAUGCUCACUCAGUUGUUGUUACUGAGAGCACCGACUCACGUUCGUCUGAAAAUAAAGAAGAUACCAAGAAACCGGACUGGCUAGCCUUCUAUAUUAGAGAAAUCUUAGUUGACCUCAAAUAUAUUUAUGUUGGCCAACGGUUCCAGGUUCUAUACGAAGGCCAUGAAAGAGCUUUCACCGUCUUAUGCAUGUCUGCAAAUUCAAAUGCUGACGAAGAGGACGGUCUUAAUUCAGCCUUGGGUUCUAUGAAAAUUGAAGCCUCGCCGCCUAUUCUCUGGACUGCGAAUUGGGAUAUACUGGUGCAUAUUAGGCAAAUGGAUAAGGGUCAACCCAAAAAGAGGGGUUCUACUAAUGGACUGGAUUCGCCUGUCAUGGAUGGCUACGCAAGCGUCGGUGGUCUGGACAAACAAAUAAGUCAGAUCCGGGACCUCAUCGAAAUCCCUCUUACACGUCCAGACUUAUUCAGGCAUUUUGGCCUUAAACCACCCAAAGGCGUCCUUUUGCAUGGUCCACCAGGAACGGGCAAAACACACCUCGCACGUGCAGUCGUAGAAGCUAGUAUCGCUUCAGUCAUUGUUGUUGCUGGUGCGGAGCUUUCCUCCGCGUACCAUGGCGAGACUGAGCGACGCCUGCGGGAUGUAUUUGCGGAGGCUCGCCGGAAGAGUCCGUGUAUUGUCGUGCUCGACGAAGUUGACGCGCUCGCACCACGAAGAGAAGGCAGUGAGGAUGCGAGUGGAGGCGGAGAAGUCGAGAAGCGCGUAGUGGCUACACUCCUGACGAUUCUAGACGGAAUAGGCAACGAAAAGGACGGACAAGACGAAAGAGUUGUUGUUAUCGGUACAACGAACAGACCGAAUGCUAUUGACCCUGCUCUGAGGCGUCCUGGAAGAUUUGACAGAGAAAUCGAGAUCGGCAUACCUGACGCCGAGGCACGGCAUGCCAUCCUCAAGGUCAUACUUUCUACAACUCCGCAUUCCAUUCCCGAGGAGGAACUCCGAUCCAUCGCCUCCCGCACGCACGGAUACGUCGGUGCAGACCUGAGUGCCGUCGUCCGUGAGGCAGGCACCCUCGCCAUUAAGCGAUACAUGCACAGUAAUGAGUCUUCCCUCGCUUCCACGCCAAUCGACAAACAAUCACUCUUGCUAACCUCGGAAGAUCUAUCUGAAGGUCUAAAACUCGUUCAGCCAUCCGCACUACGGUCAAUCACCAUUGAAGUCCCUGCAGUGAGAUGGAACGAGAUAGGCGGACAGGCACAUGUUGCUCAGAAGCUCCGUGAAUGCGUCGAAUGGCCCCUACGCCAUCCAGAAGCAUUCGCGCGGCUUGGUGUGAAAGCUCCGCGUGGUGUACUGCUCUACGGUCCACCUGGCUGCAGCAAAACUUUAACAGCGCGUGCUCUCGCAACUGAGAGUGGGAUUAAUUUCCUGGCCGUGAAGGGACCUGAACUUCUUAACAAAUUUGUUGGAGAAUCAGAACGAGCCGUACGAGAGAUCUUCCGCAAGGCACGCGCGGCAGCUCCGUCUAUCGUCUUCUUCGAUGAAAUCGAUGCACUAGGCACAUCACGUUCUGGAGACUCCGGCUCAGGAGGGAAGCAUGAAGGUGUACUCACUACGCUUCUGAAUGAAAUGGACGGAGUGCAAGAACUCAUAGGCGUUACAAUCGUCGCAGCAACGAACAGACCAGACGUCAUUGACUCGGCGUUAAUGCGACCUGGUCGGCUGGACCGCAUACUGUACGUCGGACCGCCAGACCGUGCGGGCCGACUGGAAAUCUUACGGAUCCGUACGCGCAUGAUGUCGGUAGACCCUGACUUAAACUUUGAAGAGCUUGCGGAUCUUACUGAAGGAUGUUCUGGUGCUGAGCUGACUGCACUAUGUCAAGACGCUGCUUUGCUUACAAUGCAAGAAAACAUCGAUGCUCCCUUUGUUCCACGAUCUGCAUUCUUACAAGCUGCAAAGACUGUUCGAAGGCAAAUCACGCCGGAGAUUAUUGAAAAGUUUGAACAAUGGAGGCAAUCUUCCGGGUUGACGAGUGCAUAG